CAUCGUCGGAUCCGAUCGGAUCGGAUGGGAUCGCCACAAGUCCAGUAGCGAUAAGGGCUGGGAAAGAGAGCUAUAAAGUGGCCCGGAUCCGGAGAUGUGUUUCAGUCCACUAAGAGACACCGUAGCCACCGGCUCAUCAGCUCACUAGCUGGCCAAGUUUCUCAGUUUAUUUGUUUAGCACAUCAUUAGCCACAAAACCGCAUACACCACCUGUUUUAGGAGAGGAUUAGGUGAUAAGCGAAGCCGUAAACAAAGAGAUCUGAUUACGUAAACAAAAAAUGGAGGUACCCCCACCACUUGUACUAAAGCGCCCACUCUAUGUGCCCAGCAAGACCCUGAUGGGGCCAGGACCCUCGAACUGCUCCCAUCGCGUCCUGGAGGCGAUGAGCAAUCCGGUUCUGGGUCAUAUGCAUCCCGAGUGCCUGCAGAUUAUGGACGAGGUAAAGGAGGGCAUCAAGUACAUCUUCCAGACACUGAACGACGCCACCAUGUGCAUCAGUGGAGCAGGUCAUGCCGGCAUGGAGGCGGCCCUCUGCAAUCUCAUCGAGGACGGGGACGCUGUCCUCAUGGGCAUCACUGGAGUCUGGGGCCAUCGGGCCGGGGACAUGGCCCGUCGCUAUGGCGCCGAGGUGCACUACGUGGAGGCCAGCUUUGGACGGGCGCUCAGCCUGGAGGAGAUCGAAUUCGCCUUUGAGGCCCACCGGCCGAAGGUGUUCUUCAUCGCCCAGGGUGACUCCUCGACGGGAAUCAUUCAGCAGAACAUUCCAGAGAUCGGAGAGCUGUGCCGGAAGUACGACUGCUUCCUGGUGGUCGACACGGUGGCUUCGCUGGGCGGCACCGAGUUCCUGAUGGACGAAUGGAAGGUGGACGUGGCGUAUACCGGCUCCCAGAAGUCGCUCGGCGGCCCGGCUGGCCUCACGCCGAUCUCCUUCAGCAAGCGUGCCCUCACCCGGAUCCGGAAGCGCAAGACCAAGUCCAAGGUGUACUACUUUGACAUUCUGCUGAUCGGCCAGUACUGGGGAUGCUACGGCACGCCAAGAAUCUACCAUCACACCAUCUCCUCCACCCUGCUGUACGGUCUCCGCGAGGCACUGGCCCACUUCUGUGCCGUCGGCCUCAAGGCGGUGGUGAAGCGCCACCAGGAGUGCUCCCGCCGGCUGCAGCUCGGGAUCGAGGAGCUGGGCCUGGAGAUGUUCGUCCAGCGGGAGGACGAGCGCCUACCCACAGUGAACACCAUUAAGGUGCCAUUCGGUGUCGACUGGAAAAAGGUGGCCGAGUAUGCCAUGAGAAAGUACAGCGUAGAGAUUAGCGGGGGAUUGGGCCCCACUGUGGAGCACGUCUUUCGGAUCGGCUUGAUGGGCGAGAACGCCACCUUGGAGCGCGUGGACAUGGUGAUCAGCAUCCUGAACGAGGCCAUCCAGAGCAUCAAGCAGAGGGCGGUGAAGACGGAACGGUCCAAGAUCUAACCAGACCUAGUUGUAGUCUCUUUUUUAAAAUUUUCAAUAAAAAAUAUUCCAAAAAUGUUA